CCGGAACUAAGCUAAUUCAAUCAGGAAUACUAUUUUUUUUUUUUUGAGAAUAAUCCGAAGCAAGUAAAGCUGCGCUGCUAUCAGUCUCCAAUCCAUUCCAACUGUAUAUGUCGUAUCUCGCUGCACAGUUGCAAGAAAGAACAACCUUCUUCCAUUAUUAUCACUAGAUCAGAGCUAUAAGAGAAGAGAAAGAGAGUGUGAGGGAGCUGUCAAGGCCUCCUAUUUACAGCAAAGAGAGAUUUUCCAGCAAUUUCGAGUUUUGAAGUACCUAUCUUUUUUUAACCAAUUUCCUAUUCUUCUUUGGGACCUCUUUUCCGCUAAAGAUUUUCUGUUUUUGUCUUUGGACUUUCAGGCUACAGUAGAGAAAACCUAGGAUAGAUUGAGAAGAUGGGCGAACUUCAGGGAGGCUUGUUGUUGAAAUUAAGUAUGUGGAGUUCCUAGGCCUUGUCAAAAUUAUAUUUGUCAAAUGCAAGCUUGCUUGCCUUCCUGAGGGGUUAGGGUCAGCGUAAUUAAGGUGGUCAGUGGAUGAAGCUUCAGUUUGCAAUAUAGCAAAAUUACUGACCGAAUGGCAUAAGUUCCAAAGGAUUUUUUUUUUUUUUUUUUCAAAUAAUGGGAAUGAGGUUUUUGUAUCUUCCUUUGAUGCCCUCAGUUUGCAAACAAGGGUGGGGAUCGUUUGUUUCCUCUUCUGAAUUCCGCAUCUACUAUCCUUACAAGAAUACCAUUUUUUUAUACGUUAUGAUUAUUCAAAAUGAUGCUUCUGAGGUUUACAUUCCAUAUGUACAACUUAGUUCAUUGCUUUUGCACUCUAUCAUUCUCCCUGCACAAGGCCAUCUCAAUGUCAUGGAGUGUUUUAAAGUGUUUCUGGUGAUAGUUCAAUGUGGUUUGUUAGAAUAUUGCCAGCAAAUAUUUUUCCUUUAGUAGAAGCUCACUUAAGCUUGGUUCUUUACUCAGUGUCAUGUUAAUGGGAUCCCGAAGAAAGUUCAUGUAUAGUUCAUCCGUUUUUCGAGUACUCUGGUGCAAAUAAUUGAUUAGAAACAAAAUCAUUCAUUCUAAAUAAAGAAUCCUCAAAAUCUUAUGUAGUGGAAGACUGCAAGAGAGGUUGACUAGAAAUCACUUUUGGUUAAGCUUGAUUUUUGUGGUGAUGUAAACUGUAUUAGGAAAUUUUGUUGUUCUCACUAGUUAAGGAGUAUAUCAGUCUUCUUUUCCAUCUCACCCUGAGCAUAUUGAUAUUAAUGCUGUCUGUGUAUCAAUGAUGUCCUGAUAAGUUAACAAUCUCUAACUUCUGUCAAAUAUAAGCUUGUAUACAAUUGAAUGACCCUGAAAAUUAUGUUUUGGGUAUGUAUACAAAUUUAUUUCUUGUACAAACCUAAAUAUAUGAAACCAUAUCUUGACUAGGAACCAUGUACCAUGGGGGAGAUAUUUUCCAUGAAUGAUCCUCUUCUAACUGGCAAUACUGUGGAUUAUUUGAGGGUUUUCUGGUCAUCUGAAGUUUUUAAUAAUGUGAUUGUCAUCGUGAAAAUUACAUUUUUUUUUAUGUUUCUGUUCUUAAGUAACAUGAAAUAGACUUGGAAAAUGUUGCUAUGUUCUAUGAGAACUUCAUAAAAGUGAGUCUACUUCAAUUAUAAAAUUUGAUUUCACCUUGAUAUUUUUAUGUUAAAAAGCAGGUUCUUCAAAUAGCGGUGAGAAAGGAGAAUACGUGAAGAAAUCAUCUUGUGAAAUCAUUAUGUAUAGACAAUCACCCAGCAGGAAUCAAAGAUCCAAAGGGAUCAAGGUAAAAAAUGUCCUGCAAGUUUGUUUGCUGCUUGCUGUUUGCUUUUGGUUGCUAUACCAAGUAAAACAUUCCCAUGACAAGAAGACGGAAUUUGAUGAAACUGAUGCCAAAAGCUCACUUCAAAAAACAAAUAGUGACGAAAUUAUAAGACUCGGAAGGAAAGAUAUCCGUCCCCGAGUGGACCUAACGGAUAAGAAUGAGGGUCAUGAUGAAAUAUCAGAAGAAGAGGAAACUACUGAAGAAGUAGAGGAAGAUAAGCAUGGGGAAGAUGAUCCAGAAGACAAGAAGGUCGAAGAGAGGGAUGAUGAUGAGGCAGCAGGUAGAGAUGAUGAAAGGGAAGAGCAUGAACAAGAGAAAUUUGAUGCAGAAGUUGAUAGAGAACAAGGUUUGAUAGAUGGUGGGGAGAGGGAAGAUGGCGAGGAUAAUGAAAUGCAAGAAACAGAUUCUGAAGGUCAUUUCCAAACGGAGAAGCAUAGCACUGUUGACGAUACUGAUCAUGAUGCAAAAGAUAGGAUUGCCCACGAAGCACGUGAGGAACAUUACAAGGCAGAUGACGCUUCUAGUGCUGUGACACAUGAUACACGAGUUGUGACUGAAAACGAGAAUGAGCACAUGGAGAACUCAAAUGAACACCCUGGAAAUAUUUUAGAAGAGGAGAUGAAAGAGAAUAACAGUGAAGAAACUUAUGAAAGUGAGACCAGGAAAGAUUUGGAGGUGGAUGGCAGGGAAGCAGGUAGAGAUGGCCAUCAAUCAAAUGUCACAACCACGUCAGUCAAGGAUGACACGUUACACGACUCUGAGAAUGGUUCUACUCCUAAUAAUGCAACAACAGAAGGAUCCACUGAUCAUUUGACAAGUAAUAGCACAACUACUGAAGUUACAUUAGAGAGCAAGGAGUUGCCCUCAGAUAAUGCAACAGAGAGCAAGCCUGAGUUAGGUAGCGGUCAAGGGAACGUCACCGAGGGUACAUCUUCUGAAGGAUCCGACUUCAAAACUGUUGAUCCAGAGCAGCCCAAUAAUUCUAUCUUAAAUGUGGACAGUACUCAUUCGGACUCUAAUUCAACAGGUUCUGCUGAAACAAAAGAUGCAGAAUCACUCCCUGAGGAGUUCUCUGAUUCAUCUAAUAAUAGUACGGACUCUUCUGUAUCCGAUAAUACAAGAUUAGAGGCUUCAAAUGAAGAAGGGAACAACACUACAGAGUCCUCGUCAGAAAAGAGCAAUGAAUUCGAUGGUGAGAAAUCAGAUACAAGUGAUGGUACAGAUGAAAACUUGGAUUCUACAUCGACUGAUAACGCUGAAGAAGAAGUUCAAGAGGAUGCUAUCGAUAUAUCUGAUACUUCCAAUUCCAUGGAGGAGAAAGAUAUACGAAUGGAUCUUGACACACUCCCUGAGAUACAAACAGAGGGAAGUAACAGUGAAGAUGUUGCUGCAGAGUGAAUAUAGAGGUAGCAGGGUACUGUUAAUCGCAUCAAUUUCCUUGAAUUUAAGUUUCACCCUUUUUUCCCCCCUUGAAUAUGAGGGUCCGCAUAGUAUAUUUUUGGUCUUUUUUCUUGUGUGUGAAAUGUUAAGCUUUUGCUUCCAACUUUGCAUGUAGAACUUAGGCAAGGUGACGGCAACCGGCUUUUUGCCUCGUAAUGUAUCAAUCAACUCAUCUAGUUUUUGCUUAUGUUAGUAAGUUUGCAACCA